GGCUAUUUAAAUAUUGUAUAUUGUGGUUGAAUGGAUGAUAAGAUAUUUCUGUAACUAACGUACGAAAUGACGGUCAGUUGUCCGUCAAGCGUGUAUAUAAGCUUGAGAGUUAUAUAGAGCAUGCUCUUAGGCUAGCAUGCACAAUAAAAAGCUCUGAGCUAUUUCGGGCUACUUGGCAAAUUGUUACCGUAAGCGAGAUUUGGCUCUUUUCAUUAUUCGACCAACUUGAUGAUUUAAGGAUGAAUUUGGGCUCAAUAGACGAGAAAUUUGAUAAUGAAGCUGAUGUACAUCGUACGAUUUUCAUAGAGCUCGACAAAGUCAUGAGUGAGAGUUAUGUCAGGCUUUUGCCCGCACUGCUUUCAUGGCCUGAGAAUACAGCCGUGAAGUACGUGAGAGCGAUGCAGACAUCAACAAAUAACCUUGGACACGCCUUCGUUACCUUCCCUAGCCAGCAAAACGCUUUGGAUGUUCUCUCGACCGUCAACAAGGUAUCCAUGCCUGGAACGUCUAGGCCGUUCAAAGCAGACUGGGCUAUAAAUGCACCGCAUUUGAUAGCCAAUCCGUUUACGUCUACGAGGUCCCCACUCCAUGAUACGCGCUCUUCAAAUUCACCUGAAAAGCUCGUCAAUGAAUUCUCAGUUUUUGUCGGUGAUUUAUCUCCCGACGCGACCGAGCACGAUCUUAUGAGAGCAUUCCAACAUCCACCAAAUUUGUCUAAUCCAUUCACGACCUGCACAAAUGUCAAGAUUAUGACAGACAACGCCACCGGCUCAUCCAGAUGUUUCGGUUUUGUUCGUUUCUCAAAUGAGGAUGAAAUGAUCAGAGCGUUAGACGAAAUGCAGGGUAUCCCAGUUGCCGGUCGUCCGAUAAGACUUUCAACCGCGACACCAAAAAUCAAAACACAUCAGCACCAUCAUCAACAACAGCAAUCACAUUUUCCAUUACACCCUACGCCACAUGUAUACCCUUUGAAUACCGAGCAAUCCUUGCUCGCACUCGACGAAGAAGCGGAGAGACGAACUCAAAGGCAACGCGAAUUACAAUCACAGACACAACCUGAUCAUUUCAGCAGGCUCGCAAAUCUCAACUCCCAUCCAUCCACUGUACCAUCUUCGACGGCAUCACAUAUCGCCAAUGCAGCAGUCGCAAACGCAUCUUCAGAUCCACACAACACUACGGUUUUUGUUGGUGGUUUAUCUUCCCUUAUUAGUGAGGACACUUUGAGGGUAUUUUUCGCACCAUUUGGAGCUAUCACGUAUGUUAAAAUACCUCCGGGCAAAGGCUGUGGAUUCGUUCAAUUUGUUAGAAAAGCCGAUGCUGAACGUGCAAUCGAAAGGAUGCAGGGUUUCCCGAUUGGAGGUGGUCGUAUUCGUCUCUCUUGGGGUCGUUCUCAAUCUGAUAAAGCCGCACAAGCAGCAGCACAAGCAGCUCAAUUAGGAUUAGGCAUUGGUGCACUCGGUCAAAUGGCUAAUUUGUCACCUGCCCAAGCCAUGCAGCUGUCUACCGCUUUACAAAAUUUGGGCAAUGCCGGUGUAACCAACACUAGUGUACACAAUGCUAUAAAGCAUCUCGCUGCUGCUACUUCUGGGUUGCGUGGACAGAAUGGAAGUCCUACUCAAUCUCCAGGACCAUCUCUAUACAAUCCUACUUUAGAUGUCUUUCAACCUCAAGACAACAGACAAAACUUCCAAAGACAGCCAUCACCAUUGGGUCAGGUAAACUUCGUAGGAAACAGCGGACUGCCACCUUCAGCUACUCCAUCUGUUCCAUCCUCAGCUGGACCAGCUGGGCGCGCCGAUCCUAUAUUUUACAUGCCACCUGAUAAAGCCAAUUAUCCAGAUUUCUCAACAAUUGAACGCGAAAGAAGCUUAUUCAAGACAUUUAUGAAACCUGAAUCACCAGUUACACCAGGAUCAUCAGCAUCAUUUAAAUCACCAGUUACGACAGCUUCAAUUGAUGAAAACUUCACAAAUUUAACGUCACCAAAUCCAACCAACCCAAUGCCUUCACCACCAUUAAAGGCUAUGCCUACAAACACUCUAGAGAGUUACUUCAAAUCGAGAGAGCAUAACGCACAACAGCAACAGCAUUAUCAAACGCACGCACAACACAAAGAGCAUCAAGUUGGCAAUCUGGACGGAUUCCUUGCAUCUGAAGUUAGUGGAUUAAAUAUCAGAGAUCAUCAAUAUAUUAAUCAGCGCGCAACUUCACCUUUAUCGAACAAUCUGCAAACCCAUCAAAUUCAGCAAAAUAGUGAUCGUGAUAUUAAGAAUAUUUGGAAUUAGAUUUUAAUAGUUAUCAAUUCAAUCGGUUUUGUUUUAUUUCUCACUUUUUAUUUUAAUCAGUUUAAGCGACAAAUGACGCAUUUUACAAAAAGUUUUCCAGCAAAGUUCUAGCACGAUUUUUUGCCCAUUUUUCUCAAUCACUUUCUUGUUUUACUAAUCAACAACAUCAAACAAUGUGAUCACAUCUCAAUAAAGAAGAAAAAGUUAAAUACUUAACAAAAAAAAAAUUUCUCAUCAUCAUUCUCACUAGGUAGUUUUUUCGCAUUUUAUUAAAAAAAUAGAUAACAAACAUUUGGAUGCAAAAAGUAUAAUGACAUACGCAAAUCAUUUUUCUUAUACCUGAAUUAAAGGAUAAUAUUAACCAGUUUUUCGUGAAUAUAAACAAACAUUGAACACAAAAAGAGUCAUGAAAGUCUUGUUCUAUCGCAUCAUACAUUUUUUUU